AUGAUUGAUGAGUGCAAUCUUCUCAUUGCAGAGGAAGAGAAAGAUUUGGUUCAGCAGAGGCCAACGAUUUUACCCUCAAGCUCUACAACACCACUAGCACCUGCAGCUUAUGCUCCUCCGGUUUCAAGUCCUGCACCACCUGCAAAAACUAAUGUUCAGGUAGUCUAG